AUCGCUUUGCAAGCAGCACAACAGUCAGUCAGUCACACACGCACUCCAGUAAUCUCUGACCCGCAGAGAUUCUUGUUCGUGUUUUUACUUUCACUGCUGUGAAAAACACCUAGACAAAAUGGGCACGAGCUGCUCUUCCCGAAUAACUGCCGUUUGGAUAUUAUAAGAGGGCGGAAACGCGAGUAAAACAGACGGCGGAGAAAGAAAAACAGACGAGGAGCGCGAGAAGGCCGAACCAUUGAGGGAGCGCGAGAGCGGCUUAGCACUAGUUUCUCACACGACAGAAGCGGGGCGCUCAAGUGGAUUUGGGGCUCAAAGCAACGAGGACCAAAACACGCCCGUAGCAAGCCGUACGUUACAUGUGGAUUAUUAGUGGACGUUUCUUCAUUUCGUUCUCCUCAGAAACUAACGUUACAUUAACCUCCAGUAGCAACAGACCUUCCGCGGAGAGGUCUGUGACUGCCAGGAGUCAACAUCCCAUGAUGCACAGCGUUUGUGACAAGACCACACUCACUUUUAAAGUGUAGAGGAAGUUGCAUCGUCAGCAUGUCCUCGCACCCUCAGCCAGUGCCUCAGGGGCGGAGGCCUGUGGACACUCGUCACCUUGCUAGUUCUGUAUCUCUGCAGCUGAGAGCCCAUACGGAUGUUAGUGGACUGGUGGACUACCACCCUCAUGCUCGUGACUACGGCUCCCAUCUGCCCCAUGGAUCCCUUUCCCAGCCUCACCGCCGUAGGCCAUCCCUUCUGUCUGAAUUCCAGCCAGGCAGUGAAAGAGGUCAAGAGUCCCACAUCCGAUAUGAACACAUUUACCUGCAGGACCACAGCAGCCAAUCAGAAGUGGAGUACUCUGAGAUGAAGCGUCCUCGCUUGGAAAUCGGGACGGAUUCUCUUAUUCGUCACUCAGCCCAUCGUCAGGCCCUCACUGUGGGUGGAGCUGAGGAAAUGGCAAAGGAGCACAGCAGCAGCAGUUCUAUUGGAAAGAUUGAGCCCAUCUCUCCUGUGAGCCCGGUGCCCAUGGAGGCUGACCUGGACCUGGUUCCCUCCCGCCUCUCUAAAGAGGAGCUAAUCCAGAACAUGGACCGUGUGGACCGGGAGAUCACCAUGGUGGAGCAGCAGAUAUGCAAACUGCGUAAAAAACAGCAACAACUGGAGGAAGAGGCUGCAAAACCCCAGGAGCCAGAGCGCACCAUCUCACCUCCACCCAGUGAAGCCAAACAUCGCAGCCUUGUCCAGAUCAUCUAUGAUGAAAACAGGAAAAAAGCAGAGGAGGCUCACCGCAUCCUGGAGGGACUCGGACCCCGAGUAGAGCUGCCUUUGUACAACCAGCCGUCUGAUACCAAACAGUACCAUGAGAACAUCAAGAUAAAUCAGGCAAUGAGGAAGAAGCUCAUUCUGUAUUUCAAAAGAAGAAAUCAUGCUCGGAAGCAGUGGGAACAGAAAUUCUGUCAGCGCUACGACCAGCUAAUGGAGGCCUGGGAGAAGAAAGUCGAGCGCAUUGAGAAUAAACCACGCCGCAGAGCCAAAGAGAGCAAAGUGCGGGAGUACUAUGAAAAGCAGUUUCCUGAGAUCCGCAAACAGAGAGAGAUGCAGGAACGCAUGCAGAAAAUAACCAACAGACCCAGCAACAGGUGAACCGCAACAACCAGGAGGAGAAAGAAGAAAAAGAAAAGGAGAAAGAGAAAGAGAAGGAAAAGGAGGGAGAACGCGAGGAGGAAAAAGCAGAAGGAGAGGAAAAAGAGGAUGGCAUGAAAGAUGACACCUCUGGUGAGGACGGGGAGGAGAAAGAGCCUCCUGUAGCCGUUAAAGGCCGUCGCACCGCAAACAGCCGCGGACACCGGAAAGGACGAGUCACCCGCUCUAUGACCAACGAGCAGGAAGAGAACACUUCACCUCUCAGCAGUGAACUAGCUAACCUGGAGAUGAACGAAAGCUCUCGCUGGACUGAAGAGGAGAUGGAGACGGCAAAGAAAGGUCUGCUCCAGUAUGGUCGAAACUGGUCCGCCAUUGCCAAGAUGGUGGGCUCCAAAACUGUCUCCCAGUGCAAGAACUUCUACUUCAACUACAAGAAGAGACAGAAACUGGAUGAGAUUCUGCAACAGCAUAAAAUAAAAUCGGAGAGAGAGCGUAAAGCCAGGCGUAAAGGUAAAGCUCUUCAGAACGAGGAGGCCAGCGCUCCAUCUGCUGCAGAGGAAGAGGAGAUGGAGGGAUCGGGAGUCAGCGGCAAUGAAGAAGAGGCUCAGGAGGAUGGAGAGGGUGGAGCCAAUAACAGCUCAGACACUGAGAGCCUCCCUUCCCCACGCUCCUCCGAUGACAGUAAGGUCAAAGAAGAGGGCUCGGCACGGCCCAAAUCUGCACCCAACGCUACUUCCUCCUCCUCAUCCUCCACGGACAAGGACUUGGCAGCUGUGGAGACGGGGCCGGAUGAGAAGCCAAAAGUGGAGAGGGGAGAAGGGGAGCAGGUAGGAGUGAAGCAAGAAGUGAAGAUUGAACCAGGGGAGGGUGGUAAGGAGGUGCCAGGAGAGGAUAAGAAGCCUCCUGCCCUGGAGGUGGAGGAAGGCAAGAAAGAGGUCAAGAAGAAAGAGCACGGAGGAAAGAGCGGAGCUCACGACAGCGACUCCAGCGCCACAUGCAGCGCCGAUGAGGUGGAGGAGACUGAGAGCUCAGAAAAGAACAGGCCGAGUUUGUUGAAUUUCGCCCAUGAUGGAGUGAUCUCUUCUCCAGUUCAGAAACCACUGGACCUCAAAACGCUCAAGCAGAGAGCGGCCGCCAUACCUCCCAUUAUGCCAGAGGUGUCGGUAGCAGGACGAGAUAACCGGCCUGGGUUGCUAGGGAAGCAGCAGGCUAUGCCCCAUGCUCUUGCGUUGUACCAGCAGCAGAUUACCAUGGCACAUGAAUCCUCCCAAGAGGCCAAGCAGCAGCAGCAGCAGUCACAGCCAACCAAAUCUCAGCAUUAUCCAGGGGUCGGUGACUCGAGCAGCCCACGGGUCAGGACUCGAAGCCCUGGUGUCUCUGACAGAGAGAGAGAAGAGCUGGAGUGGAACGAGAGAUGGCUUCAGGCUCUGCUACAUGGAUUACAUAAAUCCCGGGCGUUCUCUCCUCUUGCGGACGGUAAAAAGAUUCCCGGGGCUGAUGACAUUCGGGCAGUUGGUCUAGGCCGGCCAGUGAUGUCACCGUACCAGCUCUCGCCCAGAGACAUGGCCAAAUUCAGCCAUGAACAGCUGCUACACUACAAUCCCUCAUUGGCUCCCACUCUACAGCCACAGGAGAGAAUGGCUGCAGUGCGGCCUCUACAUAUCCCAGAACCCCCUCCUCUCAUUUCCUCUGCCAAACCUGGCGGCUCUAUCACGCAGGGUACUCCAGUGCAAUUGCACAACCCAUCUCAUGGCUCGGACCAUGGGAAAAUCCCAACACCAGGAUCCAUGGGUCUCUCCUGGAUGGACCAGAGGAAAAUGGGAGGGUUUCCAGUCGUUAAACAAGAGCAGUUGUCUCCACGUAGCUCCUCUCAGGCUGAGAAUCUCUCCACACAGGACAGUGCUGCAUCACGGGGCCCCAUGCCAGCUGUUCAGGGUGGCAGCAUCACAAAGGGCAUCCCUGGCACACGUGUGCACCAAGAGCCUCCCAUAUCAUAUCGAGGAGGUUCUAUCACUCAGGGCACUCCUGCAGAUGUUUUGUAUAAGGGCACAAUAACCCGUCUAAUCACCGAGGACAGCCCCAGCAGAGAAAGAAGCAGAGAAGACACUCCUUCAAAGGGGCACGUAGUCUACGAGGGCAUCAGUGGACACAUCCUUUCAUUUGACCGGGGUCCAAAUUCUAAGGAAGAGAGUCGUGGGGAUAUGGGUGGGCUGAAAAGGUCCUACGAGAUGAUGGAUGUUGGCAUGUCUCGUGUGCCACCCAUCAGAGACUCACUAUCUGCCUCUGAAGGUUUGAUCAGUCGAGCAAUGCCUCAUGAUCGUGAUAGUCCUCAUCUACAUCACAUCCGUGGAUCCAUAUCCCAAGGAAUCCCGCGGGAUGACUGUCAGCGUCAAAACGUUAAACUGAUGAAAAGAGAGGGUUCUCCAUCACCCCGUGGGCCUGGUCAUCCCACUGAUUCUCUUAAGUCACGCUCUCAUGAGAGUAUGGUACCCACUGUUAAAGAAGGAGGACGCUCCAUCCACCUGAUCCCUCCUGAGGGGGUCGUGAUAGGCAAGCCCAAAGAGGGCUCAAUCACCCAGGGCACCCCUCUGAAACAAGAGCCCGUCGGCUCAUCCAAGCGGCAUGACGUGCGCUCCAUCAUCGCCAGCUCUCCUCGGCCUUACUCCGGAUUGCCCCCUCAUCUAGAGCUCAGGCCUGAGCACAGAGGGUCUGACAGGGCCCGCUAUGAGGAGGUGGGGAGCAAAUCCCGACCCAGUGCUGUGGUUAGCACCCCUAGCUCUCUGUCCCGUGCCUCUCCACUGACCAUGAGUGGAGAGCAAAGCAGCAGAUCCCACCACAGUCCAGUGGGCUAUGAAGAUCACAAAAGAUCUGGCUAUCCUCCACCCUCACACAGAGCCUCUCCACUGUCCGGCAGAGAAAGCUCACAGCGCGCACAUGAAGGCUCUAAUAAGGCCCAGCAGCAGGAGAGAAAGUCUACUCCCACCCCUCGAGAUAUGAGCUCCACUAAGUCUCCACUAACGGUGGGUGAGCACACUGCGUCUUUGGCCUACGAGAGGAUCCUGCAGGGGCUGGGAACUGAUAUGUACCGUGGCCAGAUACCUCUACAAUUUGACCCUGCAACUCUACCCAGGGGCAUCCCAAUUGACCCAGCGUAUUACCUGCCCCGUCACCUGGCCCCCGCUCCUGGCUACCCUCACCCUUAUCCACCCUAUCUGAUCAGAGGUUUUCCUGAAACAGCAGCUUUGGAGAACCGACAAACGCUCUUCAAUGACUACAUUACCUCCCAGCAGAUGCACCAGUGGCCCGCUGCUGCUGCCAUGGCUGCCCAGAGACCUGACCUGCUCAGAGGCCUCACCCCUCGAGAACAGUCCCUAAACUACUCACCCACACCCAGAGGAACAUCUGCGUCUCCCAUGGAUCGUCUCCCAUACAUCCCAGGAUCCUCUCCUGGUUUCCCCGGCGGAGCCUACAACACCUCUCCCAUCUCACCAGUGGGAGCCUCUCACAUGAGCAAGAUGCAAGGCAGUUUGACGUCUUCGGAGAGAGAGCGGGAACGAGAGAGGGAGAGAGAAAGAGAGCGCGAAAGAGAGAGGGAUCGAGAGAGAGAGCGAGAGAGGGACAGGGAGCGAGACCGAGAGAGAGAGCGUGAGAAAGAUCGGGACAGAGAAAGAGACAAGUCCCUCGGUCAUGGUAACGUGGAGCACGCCCCUAUAUGGAGACCAGGAGCACCUGAACAAAUGUGCGGCAGUGGCAGCAGCAGUUCUCGUCCCCCUUCUCAUCCAUUCAUUGGUCACCAGUCGUCCCCGCUCUCCCCCCGUCCCCAGGACAACCUGCAGCAGAGACCCAGUGUCCUGCACAACACCAGCUCAAAGAACCUUACCAACUCUGAGCACAACAGUCCCUCUGUGCUGCGGCAACCAGGUUCUGCUCGCUACCAAGGCUUUAGUGGGCACCUCCAGAGGUCUGGUUUACCCAGCGAGGGUUACCCAUCUGGUACGGACCCAAACGCUAAAGACUCGAGCAGAGAUGGGGGCAAAAGCCAUGGGCGAGGAGGACUGUCCAAACAUCAGGACCUUUCAUCCAAGUCUGACCCCAAGCUGGCUAGUCCCGGUGGGGCAUACUCCUACAGCCAGGCCCCUGGUUCCCACCACGGGCUCUCCACGAGUCGAGGGCACCCCUUGCUGGCUCCCGAAAACAACAGCGGCGGCAGUUCCAUCCCGUCCCGCGGCGGGGAUGGUCUCAGCAGCGCGUCAAGUAGGGAUAAGACUCAAAACAAAGUGAUGUCCAUACAGGAACACGAACUUCGAGCACUCGCUCACAAAAAGGCAAUGGAACAGCUGUACGGGUCUGAGGACAGACUUUCUCCGGGUCAGCAGUCAUCCUCUGCCGUCAAAGGCUCUCAGAGAGUGGUCACCCUCGCCCAGCACAUCAGCGAGGUGAUCACUAAAGACUACACACGCCAGUCACAACAAGGCCAGAUGGGAGGUCAGUCAUCUCUGCAGCCUCUGUAUGGGUAUCACAACUCCCCUGUGCUGGAUCUCACCCGUCCACCCAGCGCCCCCCAAGCCCAGACACCCACCGAUCCCAACGCACGCUACACCCCAGAAGGCACUGCUGCGGAGAGGGAGAGAGGGAGGGACAGGUCUCCUCCUCAGAGUAAGGCAUCUCCAGUGAGUCUGUCUGCUGAUGGGAUUGAACCGGUUUCACCACCCGGGGUUUCAGAGCCGGAGACGCCAGGAGCUGCCUACCCCAAUGAACAAGCAGAGCAAGGUAUGGGCUCUCGCUCUCCUGCCAGUAGCUCUCAACCACCAGCCUUCUUCAGUAAACUCACUGAGAGCAACUCUGCCAUUGUCAAGAGCAAGAAGGAAAUGAUUAAAAAGAUGGUGGUUGGAGCAGAGGCUGAUUUCAACCAGGGCCAACCCGGGACAGAAAUCUUCAACAUGCCUGCCUCUACGAAUGCAGGACCCGUGAGCGUGCGUAGUCACCCACCACCAGAGGCCAGUGGUAAUACUAUCGGUCUGGAGGCCAUCAUCAGGAAAGCCCUCAUGGGCAAAUAUGAUGAACAGAUGGACGAUCGCUCGCCGUCCAACUCUGUCAACUCGAUAAAUGCUGGCGUACCAGCUGCUGCCGUGCCACCAGCUUCAGCGGAUGGGCGUUCUGAAGACCCCUACUCCCUGCCAGGUAAAUCCAAAGGGGGGCGCUCUAACGGUCGCAAGACUAAGUCUCCCGGUCCUGGUUUGUCUGGAGGCGAGAGACCUUCAUCGGUGUCCUCUGUCCACUCUGAAGGAGACUGUAACCGUCACACCCCACUCACCAACAGAGUGUGGGAGGACCGGCCCUCAUCUACAGGCCCCACUCCAUUCCCCUGUAAUCCCCUGACCAUGCAGAUGCGUCUCCCCAGCGGGAUCAUGUCGGCACCCUCGCCUUCCCCCACACAUCCAGGUGCGUCGGCGCCCACACAGGGCCAGACUCAACCCCGCACCUGGGAGGAAGAACCCAAACCUCUGCUGUGCUCUCAAUACGAGACCCUGUCAGACAGCGAGUGAACACACACCUCAAGCCGCGUACAACAGGACUGAACGUUUGCUGCUUUAUGAACAGAAACUUGUUACUGUAAACAGGGAUGUUCGUGAACACGCACGUACUCAUGUCCAUACUGACACGCUUAUGGGAACAUGCAUCCAUCUGCGCUCAUGCCGUCUUGAUACCUACACACACACAUUCAUACAUGCAGAGGCCCUGGCGCACGCACUCAACGUGUGUGUUGAUGUGUCCGUGUGUUUGUGAAUGCCGUCACUCCAGGACUACUUGCUGGAAAAAUCACUUUGUAGUUUUUAUGUGUAUAUAUACACAUAUACACACACACACACACACAUACACUUCUAUUUGUGUAGUGUUGCUGGCCUUAUCAGAGUUGACUCAUGGACUCGUCUGUUUUGUUGACACAUUUUGGAGCAUUCCUCAUUAGACUGCUCAGGACACAUACUCUUAUACUGUAAUACUGCAAACUGUUUGUUUUGUGUGUGUGUGUGUGUGCGGCAUACUGCUAAGGCUGGAUGAAUCCUCUGCAGAAACACUCGUACGUCCUCUCAGUUCUCAUAUGUGUCGUCUGUAGCCGUUCAUUAUGGUUUCUGAGAGUGUUCAUGUGUCGCAAACAUGGUUCAUCCGAUUGUGUGUGUGUGUGUGUGUGUGAUGAAAGACCUUGAGAGAGGCAGGUUAGCUGAUUCCUGUGCUAAAUCCUGUAACAUUCUGUCCUUACCUUGCUAUUUCAGAGAGUUUACAUGGGUGACCAUAUCAUUGGUUUACAGGGUACACAUAAUGUUCAUUUUUUUGACAUCAAACCUUCAUUUUUUUUUACUUUAGUUUUGACACUCAGAAACAACUCUAGCUGACCAAUAAUUUUCUUUUCUGUGAUAGCUGAUGGGAGAUGUUUCGUUUCUAGUUUAUUUUGGAUUGUUGUUUUUAAUGUGCAUGUUUUUUUUUGUAAUGAGUUAAGCACUUAGUCAGCAAACGGUUCCUGUUGGUGUCCUUCAACAGAUGCCGACCUGAAUGCAACUUUUUUUUCAUUGAGUUAAUUUCUUAUACUGUGUUUUGUUGAUUUGUUUCUUCACCUUACCCUGUCAAGUGUUCCACUCUCUUGCGACAAUCACUGGCGGAGAGUUGAGCGAGGGGACGCGUCUUUAGAGGAAGCUGCUUUAUCAGGUCUGAAUGUCCUAACAAACCUGAUGUUUUUCUUGUCACCUAUUUGUUCAAGAGUUAAAGCCAUGCUGUCUGGCCAGUCCUUUGACACGACACUCACCGAGAGCUGCUUUACUUUCGCUCUUUGAGCUUGAACGAAGGGUUCGGAUUGUUUGUUUUCCCCCUUGGGCUCAUAUGAGGCGAUGAUAUAUCCUGCGUAAUAGAAAUUAAGAGGUGAGCAGGCGCCACGCCUCGUAUAACCUGUAGUCCUUCACUCUGUACAGUUUUAAAGAUAAUUCUAGUGUUAAGUGCCAUGUAUUUGACAUACAUUUCUGAAGUUAAAAACUACCAAGUGACUACGCACCAGUUUUGGGUUUUUUUAUUGUUUUCUCCUUGGUAUGCCAGGGUUGUACAAUUUGUCACACAGGCACAAUUUAAAAUCGUGAAGGAGACAUUGACUGUGUCAGUCUCUCUAAAACGCCUCUUUUUCGGACCACCUCAGUGGUGGGGUUACUAAUUGUUUUGCAUGCAUAUUAGAUAUAAGACAUGUUUUAAUUCGUAUUGUUUGACUUUUAUUUGUCACAUGGUUUUACUAUGAAAGGUAUCUUUAACAGUUUAAACUGUUGAAACCUCCAGACUUUGGGGAUCUUUUUGGAAGCUAAUUACAAGAUGAAACUUAAAGUUCAGCAGUGGGUUUUAUCCGGUUUGGGGCCUUUGUUGUUGCUUUGGUGGGCAAGGACAGUUUUAGUGCACUACCUAGUGUGGUUUUGUGAAAUGAGCUUUAUCUUCAGUCACUUCAAUCCCAAAUGCACUCUCAUCAAGGUCUGCAAACAGUAGCUAUUCUUUUUUUUUAACCACGACAUCCACACACACAUCUCAGAAUGCUCUGAUCUUCAGACUCAUUCUCUGACAUAUCACUCCAGACAGUAUUGUAUUUAGUGGACAAGUCACUCUAAAGUUCAGUGUUUUCUUGUAUAGCGAGCCCCUUCCCCCCUCUAUAUUGACCAUUUGUUUGACCUUUUGCUAAGGGCAGUAUUGCACUUUCCUUAGAUGAGCCGGAGUUUUAUUUGUAACCGAUAAACGUAAACGAAGCCAAGAGAUUAAAACAAAUGAAGAGGGGUGAGACGGGAAAACAGCGGUAAUCGCCCCUCUUAAGAAUUGAAAGGUUAAGUGGGUAUUUGGGUGGCAUCUGUUUUUGUACAACCAUUUUGUGCAUAUUCCUUUUUUCUUUUUUUUUUUCUUUUUUUUUUUUUUUUGUAUUAAGACCCACUGUAUUAUAGCGAGGAGUGUAAAUAGACCUAAAAGGAUGUACAUAUUUAUGUGAUUUGCUGCAAGAUUGAUAUUCACACUGUUGUAUUUCAACAUGGCCACCAGCAAGCUUUGUGGAUAGCAGUGUAAAAAUUAAACCGGAAAAAAAAAAACAGACACUGCCUUAAUGUUUAAAUAAAAAGCUUAUUGCCAUUGA